AUGAACGAGCUCAAAUGGAUUCAAACUUCUUUACUUCUCACAGCGCUGCUUCAGUUUGCUGCAGCAGUAGCUGGAGAUAAAGAAGUCACAUUUAAAGCUUCAUUUGGAGAGAACGCCACGUUGUCUUGUGAAACUGUGAUACAAGAUCAACAGAAGUGUGAAUAUACGGCAUGGCUCUUUGUUGAUUCAGGAAACACACCACCAGUAGACCUGGUUGUAGAAGGUCAGGUUAAAAACUCUGGAGUUAAAUCAGACAGACUGAGAGUUACAGAGGACUGUUCUCUGGUUAUAAAGAAGAUCAGAGAGGAGGAUGCUGGACGUUAUGUCUGUCUACAGAUCAAAUCAGGAAGAAGAACAGGCGAUGUGACUCGAGUUGAUCUCUCUGUUAACAAGAGUGAGGACACCAAACCAGAACCAGCAAGACCAACAACAACAACAACAAGACCACCAGAUUGUACAAGUUGUUCUGUUCUGGACUUGGUCAUGUUGGCUCUGCGUGUGGCUGAACUCCUCCUGAUUACUGUGAUCACUGUUCUUCUCUUCAGAGCUCGAGGGAACCAGAGACCACCUGAUGACAUCACUGUGUAUUAUGAUGGAGAUGAAGGCUCAGUGAACUAUGAAAAUGUUGGAGAACCUUCUGCUUCUGUCAGACUCCACUGAUCAACAACUUCCACACAAACAUCCACUGAGCAGAUACAUUAAUCCACCGCUUUUAAUCAUUUCUAUAUCGUACUUUUGAGCAUAAAAACAUGGAUCCACAUUUUAUUUGAGGUACUAAGUGAGGAUUUGAUAAAUGUGCUGAUGUGGAAUAUGAAGUUGAUAUUUGUUACGGCCUCCUGAACCAAAAUUAUUAAACCAAGGCUCAAAACUCUGAGACCGAAAACAUACAAGGACGCCACAAAGAUUUAAAGUUCAACCCUAGCUUUAUUUAUUGUAAAUACCCCACUCCCCCAAAGUAAUCAAAGAUAGAUAAGAAACAAAAGGGGCUGGAGACCCGGAAGAAAAAAAACAAAAGAUGGGAAGAUGCUGAGCCAACCACGUAAUGUGCCGUCAUUAUGGUACCUCCCCCUAAAACUACCUAAGAAGAAAAGAUUAAACUAAAGAAACCAAAAGACCCAAAAUAGGACUAACAGUGAUCUCCAGUCAAAACUCAAAUAAUAAAACCCAACAAUGUUAACAUAUGUGGGGAAAACCAGUAAAACUGGGAAACAAAAGCUCCUCACCACAACGCUGCCCAGAGUGUGUGCGC